UUCAAAAUUCGUCUGAUUGCCACGCUUUGCAUGCUUGUGCCCAUGACGUUAUCUUCAUGAGGUUUCACACCAGUUAAGAUACCAAAAUUCAAGAUUUACAAAAUUUCAGUGACGUUAUUUCCUUCUAUUAAGUAUUUUGGGUGGUUCACUUAUACAAAUAUAUAUUGAAUUCGUCUUCUCAUGAAAAGUAUGAGAUGAAGAACCAACAAGCAUCAUCGUUGGUAGCAAUCCAACAUACUAUUGAUUGAUCUGGAAAAGGAAGUUCAAACCGAUGGCAGGCCUUAUGAUACUUGGAAGGGAAACUUUCCGUCAUUGCUACUGGAUUAAGAGAGCAGCAAUGUUUCAGCUACAGAAACCAACAAUAAUAUGGGUAAAAGUUGCGAGCAGGAUUCUUCGAACAUGCUAGACUUGAAGUAUUAUUGUGUUGCCACACUUGAGUACGAUUGGUUACUCAAAGCCAUGAGAAAUGUAUGGUCUGUCGUCCCUGUUACAUGGCUUUCUUCCAAAAAAGAAUUUCUGGUUUAUCCAAACCUCACGUACAAAGCUGGAGAAAAGCUUCCAUGUGAUUGGAAACCCAAGAUUUACAAACGACAUGCUCAUCCUCAAACAUCAUGGCUCGAAUAUGACAUAGUUGCAAUUCUCAAUUUGGACAAGCCUGUCAGACAUGCAAUCGCUGUUAAAGCAGCAAAGGCAGCUGCAAAUGGAUCGUCACAAGUAGCAAAUAUUUUACAAUCUGAUUCCGAAAAGUCAUUUGGACGAAAUAAACGCGCUCCUAAACCGACAAAAGUAUUUGAUCCCAGUCAGCCAACCAAUGGAGAAGAAAAGAAUUUAAUGGAAGAUGACGAACAACGUGUCAGCAAGAACACUAGAAAACCGCUGGAAGCAACAAAUGGAACAGCUGCUGAUGCACAACAUACCGAACUUGGUCAAGGAUCAAAUACAACCAAUGAAGUACCAAUGGCAAUCCAAGAAGAUACCAAUUCUCUGGCCAAUCCGGCCAUAAUUCAACGUGGCUUGAAUUUGGAACAAACUAACGACAACGCAGAUGUUAAUUUUACAGAUAGUACAUUGCUGCCAGCUGUUCCACCAGCAAACGGGAUUCUUGAUACGGCAAACUGGAGAGCAGUAGAAAACAGUACAUCUGGUGAACCAGACGAUCAUUUUAUCGCAAAUAUUCGAAAUGAAAGUUUUGAAGGAGAAGCAUUGCAAAAUGCUGUUAGUGGCACAGCGCAACCUCAUCAUUUGCAAACGUUUGAUCCACACCAAUAUCAACGCCAUCAACGCAACAAUAACUGGAUGCAAAAACAUACAGACGUCAUGCAUUUUUCCGAAGAUGUUUGGCAAUACAUGGAUUCAGGAACAGGCAGCAGUCUAUCCGGUCAUGGAGAUUUCUAUGUAGACACCAAUUCAACAAAAAAAAUUUUGACCAUUAUGGAUAUGAUGUUUGAGAUGCACCAGAACUCCCAAAGUUUUCAGAGUUUACUCGAGAACAAGUUGAACUACAUCAUUGAUAAAAUGGAUAACCUAAGUGCCCACGAUGUAGCUGCUCGCAUUCAAGACCAAGCUGAAUAUCACGACGAUGUUGUUAAGGCUCAAUUUCCCGAACUGCCAUACAAUAGUGUUCAGACGCUGACAACUGUGAAUACUAGCUUGGCAGAUAAAAAUCUAGCUGUUAGCCUUGUCGGUUUCUUAUACAACACGUACAAGAGUGAAGCAGAUGUAAAAAAAUUCGUUAACAGGAUGUACAUAACCAUUUUUGGAGAUUCGGCAAAAGUGCAAAAGUUGCAAUGGAGAAGUGCCCCUAAAACCAAUGAUAAGAGAUAAGGGAUUGCAAAUAUGCUGAAUAUUUUGGCUGUUUUUGGAACAUCUUGUAACAUGUUCACCGAUAAGCGAAGCCUAGACAAGUUUUCUAUUACAAAUCUCGUGCAUUAAGUAAAGAAUUGUCGAAAAGCUCGCGCUAAUGAAUAUCGAAAACUCAACAACAUUGACGCCGUAACCGCUGCCGCCGCCAAUCUAGUGGCUGAAACUGCAGUAGAUGCCACCAAAGACGAUACCGGUGUGGUAGCAGCGUUGGACAAAUUGAUUACAAAGCUUGAAAAGGCUGUAGGGGAAUUUAAAAUUCCCCGACAGUAAACUUUUUACUGUCUCGUUGCGUCGGAAAACUUACACUGACGACCAAGAAAGUAACCUUCAACGUUCAUGUAUCAAUACAUGCAAACAUUCCAAAGAAACUCUGUGUUCGCAGAAGUCGCAGGGAACCAAAUUUUUGUUUUUAAAAUUCCAGUUUACAAGAUUCCCAAUGCUUCCUUUGUUUCACUUUUCGUUACGUAACUGCCAUUUUGUUAAUACAAUUCGAAGUUGUUUUGUAA